CUAAUACUGUGAUUGUAUCAUGCGUGGAUACCUGUUCAUCCAAUAACACCACUUUUCCACUUUGUACUUUUAACAAUUCUUGCAAAAGAUCAGUGCAACAAAGAAGAGAAAACCAGAUUAUUUUACUGAAGGCCACUGUAAAUAAUUCCAAUUUCCAAAAUAUUCCUUGCAUGUGCCAGUCCUCCAGGAGGGAACAACAAUCCCAUAGUGAACACACAGAGUGUGAAUCCAAGAGAGAUGUGAAUGUUGAUCAUCAAGGAUCAGGGUCAGUAGAUAAAAAAAUUCCAAAAGAGAAAGUCUCGCUUGAAGUGAAAACAGAAGAUGUUCUCUAUUUUUCUAAAUAUUUUAAUUUCACUACGGUUUCCAAGAAGGAAGAAGUAGAGCAUAAUACUUACUACAUUCUGGAAAUUCACAUCAACAAUUCUAUGGUCAGAGGAAGAACUGCAGCCGAAGAAUAUCUAAAUCAUUCAUGUCUAGUGGCAAUGAUGGAAGACCAAAGUGACUGUAUAAAUAUUUCACUGCAUCUGAAGUCUUACGUGGAAUAUCCAAUGUGUAUGAUGAAGAUCAUUUGGCUUACUCUGAUUUCAGUAGUUUUUCUGUUUACUAUCUCAAUCGUCAUCUACAAAAUAGUCCAAGAGAAUGAACACCACUAUUGUAAACACAGAGAAACGGCAGUUUCUGCUAUUCUAAGAAGAAAGAGUUCUAGACAUGCAAGAAGGACCAUAUCUGCUACUAAAAUUCAUCCUUUUCCUGUGAAAACCAGCAAACACCAGAUUGCCCUUCCUGCACAGACCACAAAGAUACUGCCCAUAAUUCCUGAACAAGACCAUGGUCAUGUGGGUACAUCAACUGGAGAAGCUCACUUCAGCAGCUGCUGCCUCCAGUACGAUUUCACAGCCAAAGAAACACUUCUUAUCCCAGUUCUUACGAUGAAGGAAAAGGGAGACAGAUGUUGUUAUUGGGCCUGCAGCUACAUUAACUACAAGAAUGGGUGA